CUCAACGGCGCUCAGUCCGCCAGGAAGCCUACCAUCAACCAGGCUUUCCCCAUCAGAGCGCCCGUCGAGGCCGCUGCUGCCCCCAGCGGUGCUGAUCUGUACGCUCGAUUCGCCUUCGCCGGUGCGGUCUGCGUAAGUGCUGAUCAACAAAAAGAAGGCAGCUGAUGCAGUCCGUGUGGACUCGGAAUGAGCCUCGCUGCGACGCCACGCUUCUCUGGCACUUCAAGCAUUCAGCUUGCAGAAGUCGCUGACUAUUGAGCAUGCCUUCUUUGUGCGCUACAGUGCGCCAUCACCCACGGUGCCUUGACCCCCGUCGAUGUUGUCAAGACCAGAAUCCAGUUGGAGCCCGAGGUGUACAACAAGGGCAUGAUCACUGGAUUCCGCCAAGUCGUGGCCAAGGAGGGUGCUGGUGCCCUUCUGACCGGCUUCGGCCCCACCGCUGCCGGUUACUUCCUGCAGGGAGCCUUCAAGUUCGGAGGUUACGAGUUCUGGAAGAAGACCAUUAUCGACCAAGUCGGUCUCGAGACUGCCACCGCGAACCGCGGAGCAGUCUACCUGGUAGCUUCCGGUAUCGCAGAGUUCUUCGCAGAUAUUGCUCUCUGCCCCCUCGAGGCUACGCGUAUCCGUCUCGUCUCCCAACCUGGCUUUGCCAACGGUCUGCUCGGCGGUUUCGCAAAGAUUGCCCGCGAGGAGGGUCUCAAGGGCUUCUACUCUGGCUUCGGCCCCAUCCUCUUCAAGCAGGUGCCAUACACGAUGGCCAAGUUUGCCGUCUACGAGGUCGCCUUCGAGAAGAUCGUGGGCCUGACUGGCAAGCCCAAGGAGCAACUCUCGCCCGGACUCUUGACCAGCCUGAACUUGGGAUCCGGUGUGCUCGCCGGUUUCGCAGCUGCCUUCAUCUCUCAACCCGCCGACACGCUGCUGUCGAAGAUCAACAAGACCAAGGGCGCCCCAGGAGAGGGUGUGACAAGCCGCUUGAUCGGAAUGGCCAAGCAGCUCGGCGUGCGCGGUCUCUUCGGCGGUAUGACUGCUCGUUUCGUUAUGAUCGGUACGCUCACUGCCGGUCAAUUCGCAAUCUACUCCGACAUCAAGAAGGCGCUCAACGCUACUCAAGGUAUCGAGCUCGCCAAGGUUGCCAAGUAGACUAUUCAAUCAUCGCUUGCUCUACAGUUUCCAAAGUUGCCAUUCUAUCAAAACACCUCUCUUGCCUGCACCUUGAUGCGUCCUCACAUCUAUGAGUCUGAUC